AUGGCUUUUGGAGGCAAAUUUAGUAAAAUUAAUCACGAGAGGCUAAAGGAGGACAACAAACCAGCGAAGAAGGAAGUGGAACCGGGAAGAGAUCGUGAGACGAUCGGGUGCUGCCUUGGAGUUAACCGUACAGUCAGACGCAUCCUUGCUGCCUGCAUCUUCUCUCUAGCGGCACUCUUAGGUGCAGCCUCUUUGGACUUGAAAAGCAGUUUGAACAGCUGGACAAACACUGAAGCAGCUCUCCAGGAGCUUCUGUCUUGCAGGACCCAGAUCUUUGUUCAUAUCAUUGAUCAGCUGCAGCUGGAUCGGUCUGCCUGCAAAUCUGGCAAUUGUGACAAGGCAUCCUCUGAUGCUUGCUUACAAAUGUCCAAACACCUGAUCACUGGGAUCAAACAGAUUUGUGAAAAGGGGGAGCAACAAAUUCAUGGAAAUGAAUGUACAGUGGAAACAUAUGAGAAAUGCAAGGACGAGGUGAAUGAAAUUAUAGAUGGGUUGAACAACACAUGGAAUGAGAAACAGCAGGCUGGUGCAACCUUCACAGUGGCAAUCUCAAAGCUGCUUGAUCUGUGGGAAGAACCUCAAAGUGAUCUUACUACUCUGAGAUUUAACUCAGAUUGGGCAGAUGUUCUUUCUGUUAGGAUACUGAUCAAAGUUAAAGAGGCUUUAUUUAUGAGUCACAGUUCUGAGACCAGCAGACAUUGGCAGCAGACAUUAAGCAACCUGAACUUUGCAAUCCUGGUAUCUUCAAACCUACAGAAUUGCUGGGAGGAAAAUGUAAAUCUUUCACACUUUCUUUCUCUCUACCAGGAAGUGCCCAUUGUGCCCCCUGUAGCUAGUAUCCUGGAGUCAAAUUUUUGCAGCAAUUUGGAAAUCUGCAUCAACUGGUUGAAUGCCACUCAAAACUGUCUGUUAGAAAAGGGCAAGAAAUCCUUGAAAAACAAAUCAAGAGACAUCCUCUCUGUUAUCAGUCUCAAAAUAUGCCUCUUGACCAUUGCUUCCCUCAUCUAUCCCAUCAUGUUACUGUCCUUUAAACAGAUGACAGAGUGGAUACAGAAUUAUGCAAGGAGUCUGAAGGAAAGAACAGAAGAUCUCAAAAGGGAAAGGCGCCUGGCAGAGGAUCUUCUUCACCAGAUGCUCCCCAAGUCAGUAGCAAAGCAAUUGCGGAAGCACAAGCAUGUGCAAGCAGAAAGCUACGAGCAGGUGACCAUCUUCUUCUCAGACAUCGUUGGUUUCACCUCAAUUUCAGCCACAUGCAGCCCCCUACAAGUUGUGGAAAUGCUCAAUAAUCUUUACAUGUGUUUUGACACUAGAAUUGAUUCCUAUGAUGUCUAUAAGGUAGAGACCAUAGGAGAUGCCUAUAUGGUGGUUAGUGGUCUUCCAGAGAGAAAUGGAGAUAAACAUGCUCAUGAGAUUGCAAAAAUGUCGCUAGACUUGGUGGCUGCUGUUCGACAAGUGCCAAUACCUCACAUGCCAGCUAAGAGAUUGCAACUGCGUGCUGGAAUUCACACAGGUCCUUGUGUGGCAGGCAUUGUGGGUUACAAAAUGCCUCGAUACUGUCUUUUUGGGGACACAGUGAACACUGCGUCUCGAAUGGAAUCCACCAGUCUACCACAAAAAGUCCACGUGAGUUCAGCCACCUUUGUGGCUUUGAUAAAAGAUGAUGCCUAUGAACUACAGCUGAGAGGGGAAAUAGAAGUGAAGGGAAAAGGCAAAAUGAAGACAUACUGGCUAAUAGGGCAUAAGGAUUACAGUGUUCAAAAUGACAGUCUGGUUUGCCACUGGAACCCUAGCAAAUCACGAAAGAAGAAACUCGAAAAUAGCAGCUUGACAUCAUUUGAACAGUCUAAUACCAGUGUGAACCUGCAGAGUUCCAGUGAGAGAACCACACCAGCAUCCCUACAGCUGAGCGGAGCCCAAUCGGAACAUGAAAUCUUGAGGACAACUGGCAUACCAGUUACACCAUUGACCCACCAGCAGACUAACAGUGCCUCAGUGACCACCUAUAUGGUCAUUGAUGAGUGUGGGUGUUCUAGGGAGGAUACCUGUCAGAAUAUGUUGACAGGAAAUGGGGACUAUCCAAACAAAUUUGAGAAUCAAGCUGCCUGUAAAGAAAGCCUCUUGCCUGGUUCGCUGGAGACUAACUAAGCCAACACAACAAGGAAUUUUUCCAGUCUUAAUAAUGACAACACACAGUGAAGUAAAUGGCUUGUUGCAGAGCUUUUUUUUUGUCAUUGGGAGCUGUGAAGAAAAUUUUCCAAAUAAAACCUUAUUAUAAUCUUUCUCCUCUCCUAUGGCAGUGUUAGCCAUUUCCUGAGUCAAUUCUAAAAAGAGCUGUUGAAGCUUUGCAUUGAGCACAGAUUCCCCAAAACAGGCAAGAAUAAAUUGUUAAUAAUUGUUAUUUAUAUAUAGUAAAAGAGGAUCUGGGGGUGUACCCUUUUCUAAAACAAUACUACCACCUGUUUAUCUGCCUUUUCACUUGUGACAUACUAUACAUUACAAGGGACACAAAUUUCAGGGGCUCCUCGAUGCAAUAUUAUCACAAUUCUUGUAUCAUGAUGAAAUAUUAAUAUACCUGCCUUUAUUUAGUAAUAUGUUUAAUAAUGUGACUCAAUUCUACAAUAUUAGAACAUUUGAAAAUUAGAACAAUUGUAAGGAAAACAGGCCAUUCAGCCCAGCAAGCUCAUACAUUAUAGUCACCUAGUCAGGAGUAUCCAACUCCGGUCCUUGUGGGUCACAGUGGCUGCAGGUUUUCAUUCCAACCAUCUUCUUAAUUAUAUAACUGUUUUUGCUGGUGAUAAACUUGUUUUGCCUUAAUUUUAAUUGACGUGACUCAGACCCCUUAGUUCAGUGUUUCCCAGACUCGGUCCUGGGGACCCCCUGUGGCUGCAGGUUUUUGUUCCAACUGGAUUCCUAAUCAGUGACAACACCUGAUAGCACUGAGCUCAUUUAAUUAGCUGUUUUUUUUUUCUUUUAUUUGACAUUCAGAAAAGCAUAGCAGCAUGAUUUUUACAUUUAUAAGACAUUUAGAAAUAUUUCUGCCUUUGCUAUAGAUUUAAAUGCUUAACUCUCUUUUGUUGCUGAUUUCAUUAUGCUUUGCCCUUUCUCUGUGCAGUUUUUCCCCCUUCAUUGUAUCUUAAUAAUGACAAUUUAAAAUGAGCAGAUCAGAUACCCAGGCAAACAACACUGAAUAAUCAAAGGUUGCAACUACUUUAGAGUCAGACCCUCUAAUUAGUAAAUAAUGGAUUAAUUAAACAAUUAGAAUGAAGAUGAAAAUACUGUUACAAAGAAAAAAAAUACAUUUUUCCUAUAUAACUUCUUUGUACAUUUUAAUUUUUUUUUUUUUUAGCAAACUUAGUUUUCUAAUUUCUAUAUUGUUCCCUAAAUGCAGAACUUGUGAAAUAUCAAUUCACUUAAUUAGCCCAGGAGUUCAAUUAAAACCAGAAGCUGGUUGGAACAAAAACCAGCAGCCACAGGGGUUCCCCAGGUCCGAGUUUGGGAAACACUGCCUUAGUUGUUUCUUUUUCCUUAAUGAGCAGCCAAACAAUAAUGAGACACAAAACAAGCCGCCACAUGACCAGCUAACCUGAAAAUAAAGAAAGGUGAAGGUCUUGUUAAUGUUGGUCUGCUCGGGUCACCAAAACACCUUGACGGUAGUCUUAAAAUAACAGAAAAUCAACAAUCUGCUGUAGCAGAAUGAGAUCAGCAGCAAGUCGUGAUAUUCAAUAACGGCUUUAAUUAACAGCAAGAAUUGGUUUCUCAUUAAGAAACUGGUUGGAGUGAAAGUGGCUGGAGUUUGACAUUCCAAUUUCGCUGGUCAUCUGUUGACUCGUUUCACAUCUUAUUUCUGUUUGGUUGCCAUUUAAUGAAGAAACAAAUCAAUUCAGAGGACUGACUCCUUAAAAACAGGGCUAUUAAAAUGAAGGCAAAAGGAGUUAAUUAGCAGUGAAAACUGCUCGCUGAUUAGGAAAAGGAUUAGAAUGAAAACCUACAGCCACUGCGGCCCAUUAGGACUGGAGUUGGACACCCCUGACCUAGAGUGUCCAAAGCAACAUCAAGUCAAGAUCUGAAAGUCACUAAAUUCUUACUCUUCACCACAUUACUUGGUAACUUAUUCCAUGUGUCUGUGGUUCUUUGCAUGAAGAAAAACUUUAAAACAUUUGUGCAAAUUACGCACUUAAUAGGGUUUAACCAAGUCACUGUGUUCUUGUUGAAUAAUCUAUUUGAAAGUAACAGCUGGCAUCCACUGUUCAGUCAUGUCAACUCUUAAUCUCUGUUUGCUUAAACUUAAAAGGUUCAUCUCCUUCAAUGUCUUCUAACAAAUCAUGCUUUUUACUCCUGGAAUCACCCUCUCUUCUCUGGAGUUUCUCUAGCCCUGUUAUACUUUUAUUGUAACAUGGAGACCACUAGUGUGUUAUAUAUAACUUAAGCAUACCCUCCCUUUCACUUCUGCACUGCAUAUUAUGAUGUAUAACCUAAUGUCCUAUCAGCCUUUUGAUCUUAUCUGUAUACUGUUUUGAUGUAGAAACUGAUGAGCUCACUAUGACUCUUAGACUCUUCUCAUAAGGUUGACUUUCAAGGAUGCAUUGUGCAUUCAAAUUUAACAUUUUUUUUCUUUUCUGAAAAAGUUCCCCUCAACAUAACCAUUUGCUUCAUGUUUUUAAGCCAAUUUUGUACCCAACUGCAAAACUGAGUAGAGUUUAACAUGCCUUGAAUUCUCACUUCUUUUAGUUUAAUCACUAACCUCUCAUGUAAAAAGCCUUCUGAAAAUCAAAAUAAAUAUCAUGUACACCUUUCUUAUUGUAUGCUUUUGUUGUUUCCUUAUACAGUUCCAGUACAUUAGUGAAACACAACCUUCUCCACCUGAACUCAUGUUGUCUAUUUACUAAUACUCCUGCUUCUGGCAUGUGCUGCUGGAUCUUUUCUUUAAAAAUCACCUACCAUUAAUUCACUAAUCUGCUUGAUAAACAUGAACUCAUGUGAUAAACACGCAUAUAACACCUUGAAGUUUUCCUUAUCUUAUUUGAACCGAUGACAUUUGAGAGCUACUCCUCUGCCACAUAAUCAACUAGUUGUUAUUUUCGCAGUGGAUAGAAUCACAAAAUGAUAUGCUAAGUUUUCAGGGAAUACUACCACACAUUUCA